AUGGCCGCUCCGGGCGCCUGCGCGGGGCGGGGCACCGGGGGACGCGCGGGCGGGGCCGCCGCCGCUGUGUCACCGCCUCUGUCACCGCCUCUGUCACCGCCCGUGUCACCGCCUGUGUCCCCGCCUCUGUCACCGCCUCUGUCACCGCCCGUGUCACCGCCUCUGUCACCGCCCGUGUCGCCCGCUGUCCCCCCCCGCCCCGCGGCCGCAGGUGCCGCGCAGGGCCCGCCCCGGCCCGGCCCCGCCCCGCGGCCCUUUUCCCGAGCGCCAGUGGGGCCCCGGCGGGAGCUUUGGUGUGCCGGGUCCGGGAGGAGCAGGUUGAGCUCCGCGGGAACUGCCCGGGGGCUGCCGGCCAGAGCCCCCCGAGGAUGGGGCUCCCCCCGAGCACGGGGCAACCGCAGCCACCUGCGGGUCAGCCAGCGGAAAGGUUUCCCGGUUGUUGCAGUCUCCAAACUCGCCGUGCCUCGUUCCCGGCAGCCCUGCCCGGGCCAGCCCGGCUCAGCACAGCAGCGGGAGAGGACGAGCCCGGCCAGGACACAGCAGAGCCCCGGGAGAGGUGACACGGGAGGGAAUGUCGGCUCCAGCCACGCAGCUGUUCCAGCCACCGGCCCAUCUGGACAAGAGUGUUCCUGCUUCGUACAGCUCCUGCUGCUGGACCCUCCCCUGUCCUACUGCUCGGGAUGCUUGGAGACUCAGCUCUGGCUCCGAGAUGCUCCAGCUGGAUUCCAGCUCUGGCUCCGAGAUGCUCCAGUUGAUUCCAGCUCUGGCUCCGAGAUGCUCCAGUGGAUUCCAGCUCUGGCUCCGAGAUGCUCCAGUGGAUUCCAGCUCUGGCUUAUUAAAUGUUGCUUCUUGUUGCAAGCCAGUUAAAGCUCCAGGUGCUUGGAGCGAUUUGGGCUUCUGGCCAAGUUGUAAAUCACUCACUGUCAUCGAGUGUAUAUGAAUAUGAGCUGUCAUAAUUGUCUCAAUAUUGUAGCUAUUCCGGUGUUUGUACAAAUAAAGAGUUGGACUGGAAAAA